CUCACUCAACAGUUUCCUGUGUGUCUCAAGAAUGGUCCACCACCCAAAGGACAUCCAGCCAACUUGACACAACUGCAGGAAGCAUUGAAGUCAACCCUGAUGAAUUGAGUCUGUUCUGAGGGCAAAAGGUGGUGCAACUCAAUAUUAGGAAGGUGUUCCUAAUGUGUUGUACAGUCAGUGUGUGUAUAUAUACAUAUAUACAUUUUCGGAUUGUAAAAAAAGUUAUAAAGAUAUAAAGUACGUAGAUAAGAGAACCAAAAAACACCUAAAUUAUCCAUUCAGGAGUAUUUUUGUCAUGCCAUGGGCCUCUAUUGAUUUUGUUAUAAUAUUUGAGUCUCAGAUAGCAUAAGCCAUGGCGAAAUGUUAAAAAUUGCAGGAAAUUAGCUUUAAAACAGCUACAUUUUUUCACUGUGGCCAACAAGGUUGCCUCUACAAUUUGCGGUUAGCGACACACCACUGGGCAAGCCCCCGCCACGCCCACCACCUAAGCCCCAUUUUGACCCAGAAAAAACCCUGGAAGCAAGUGUGGUGGUACCAUAUAUUUCAAGACAUUCCCGGCAAACCGCAGUCUUAUCCGGCUUUGUGAAAGCAUUUGAUCCCCUUUGUGGGAAAAGGUAGUGGUGGACUAGAAUGAUCAAAUCAUGUUGUCAAGGUAACAGGUUGUACCGAGAACAAUAUGUCACACUGGGGAUGCUCUUGCAAGGAUUAAAUCUGUAGCCCUGGCAACUCCUGAACAACUCAAGAUCUGCAAUGCACCCCCAUCAGGAUGACCAGGCUCCACCAACGGUUUACUACAUUCCAGAUUUCAUAACAGAGGAUGAGGAGUCUCAACUAUCACAACAGGUGUAUAAGGCACCAAAAACUAAAUGGACGCAGUUAUCCAACAGAAGGCUCCAGAACUGGGGUGGGCUGCCUCGUCCGAAAGGGAUGCUUGGAGAGAAGCUUCCUGAUUGGCUCCUGAAGUACUGCGAGAGAAUAUCUGCUCUUGGUGCAUUUGCUGGGAAGACUGCCAAUCAUGUACUGGUGAAUGAAUAUAAGCCAGGGGAGGGAAUAAUGCCCCAUGAGGACGGGCCUCUGUACCAUCCCACAGUGACGACCAUUAGCCUGGGCUCCCACACAUUGCUGGACUUCUACAGGCCCAUCAGCGCCGAGGAGCUGGAUGAGGUGCCACAGACUGAGGAGAGCCGCUACCUCCUGUCUCUGCUGGUGCGGCCGCGGAGCCUCCUCAUCCUCCAGGACGACAUGUACCAGCGCCUCCUCCACGGCAUCCAGGGGACGCACCACGACUCCCUCACUGAAAGGGUGGCCAACCUGCUCGCUGCUGGUGUCCUGCCAGGUGCCACAUUAACCCGAGGCACCAGGGUGUCCCUCACCGUGCGUCACGUGCCCAUAGUCAUGAGGGCCAAUCUGCUCCUGGGCAGGAAAUGACAAGAGGAAGUGACAUUUGAGGGCUUGGGAAAAAAUUGACACCAUGAUACAGACUGACUUGAUUAUGUCAUUCACUGUCUCGAUCCUCUAUAAAAUGUAUUAAUUAUAAUGCCAAGGAAAAGUUUAAAUGGGAUCCUUGGGAUGUUCCAACUCUUGACGUCAUCCCGUUGAAGUUGAAAUUUCAAACGGGUACGGUUGUUGCAGUGGAUAUAUUACCGCCACACCGGCAGUCAUUUGUCAUGGCUGCAGUAAAGUUCCACAUGACAACGGUCACGGUAAUCUUCUCUGUGAUCUGGACAUCCGUUGGUAGAAGGGCCUAAAAUGUGUAAUUCACUAGCCACGUUGGCAGGUGGUAAUACUCAGGACUCUACAGUGCGAGCAUUUCAUAAAAAUAGUCAAGUAUGGGCACAAGUGCCAGUUGUGAUUUAUAGCAAAAUAAAUGCCAUUUUGUUUAAUAUCUGGUAAUGCACAAAGAAAUCUGAAUCGUAACGUUAUAGCUAUCCCACCUCGCACAGCAAUGCUGCCUGUCUAGGGGGCUAUGAGCACCAUGUGUGAAGUGCUAAAAGGUUUGUUUUUAGAAGCAAUGCGCACAGGAAUAAAAGUUGGUCUAAUUUACUCAAUUCGACUAAAGUGAGACUGUCCCCGUUUUUCUUGGCUAUUGACAUUGUUUUGUUCACAAACUAGGUUUAUUUUUAAUGUUGGAGUUUGCUCCCUCUGCUAGCAAAAACAGACAUUGUCGGACUCUACUAGUGAGAUUCUCACAGGCACACAUGACUUGAGUGUCCCUGUUACCAAGGUAACAGGCAGCAGAUUUUUUUUUCUCUGUUAUUUUGGUUCAAAGGUCACAGAAUAUUAACUCAAUAUACAACAUUCUUACUAGUAAUACAUUUGUUUUAGAAACAUUACUAAGCAUGCUCAUGUUUUUUUUGUGUAAUUAUGCAAAGCUAUAUUUUGUCUGAUUAAAAAAUCUGAGUCGCUAGUAGAUUUUAAAAUAAUAAUAAUUAUACCUGCCACAGUGGCUGGUAUACAGAAAAGUUAGUUUUAGGCCCUGGUUGGUAGUACCCAAAUUGCUAAUGACCUUCAGGUCACCAAUGGCCUGGUACUCAGGGCUCUAUUGUACUUCUAACCACUCUGACAUCAAUGCAACUGCUAUCGAAAAUCAUAAACACUUAUCUUCAAAACAGUAUUGUGCUUUUAAAACACCUCACUGUGAUGAUCAAUUUGAAGAAAGAAGUUCAACAACAGGUUGGAACUGAGUGGAAAACAUAGGCUCUGAAACAACGACCAAAACAAUGAAAUGGACAGUACUUUCUAAGGUGAUGAUUAAUUCAAAACAUCCAUGCACAUAUUAGAGCUUACGCAUAUGCAAGGGUAAAACAGUUUUUAAAACAAAUUUAAAUGAUUGUGCCGUUAUACAAUAUAUAGCCUACCGCAUAUUAUGCACGGCAGAAAAUAUAAAACAAAACUGAUUUCAGAUGUAAUUGGUCUUGCCUACACUCCAAAAUUAAACACAUUCUAGUAGUUGC